UUUUGAUUGAUUGAUUGAUUGAUUGAUUGAUGACCCUGCAUUCAAGACUUGGCCUUGUCUUUCGCCUUACAUAAUUAUUUGUCUAUAGAUUUUGCUCUGCUACUGAGUUUGUUUGAUUGCAACCCAGCCCCAACGCCGCAAAUUUCCAGCGACUUCUUUGUCCGUUGUUUGGAUCGCUACACUCAAUAAUUACCACCGGUCCACCUUACUUUUACACUUACCUCAUUUUGGGUACAAACCCAAACGUCCCGCGGUCAACGGGCUUCAUUUUGGUGCGCAUUUUUCUUUUCUUCACUCGGUCCGCGUUCGCUCAUGACCCUUUCUUGUUUUGCCGCCGCCUUUCGUCAUUACCGUCACAUUUCCGAAACCUACCGACUUCGCCUGCAUUGAAAAAAGGUACAAUAAAGGCCACGACUACAUUGAUCAAAAGAUCUUUCACCAGCGUUACCCGACGAAACGCUCGCACCGAACUCAAAACUGCACGCCCGGAUCGUCCUCGCAAGUCAAGCAUCGACAAAAGGCCCUCGGCCGUAGUGCCGCAUUUGAAAAUCAAAAUGCCAAUUGUCGACUUGCUCGCGUCGAUUACGGGCGAAAAGCCGAAACCAGCCGACGCGUCCAAAAUCAACUUGAAUCCCAAGAGGAAGGCCGACGAUGAUCUCCGAAACGGUGGUGACAAGUUGGCACGGACGGUGACGUCUACAGCCCCCAGAAAACUCCCUGUUACAACCUCUCGCCCUACUGCUGUCCCUACUUCUCCCUUGGUCGCAUCAAUUUCACGACCAACAUAUCAAGGAACGUCCGACCCGAACAGGAGGACAACCGGAUCUGCUGCCAGGGGUUCUGCAAGUGUUGGUCAGGGAACAGCAUCAGCCCAAAGACCUAGGCCACCGCCCAUACCGGCAAGGCCGGUUACUUCUGGCGCUGCCCCCAAAACUGCUCCCAAAAAGGGUUCGUUUGCUGAGAUUAUGGCACGUGCGGCAAAGGCGCAGCAGAGUCAAGGACCUAUUGGCAAAAUUCAGCACAAAGCUGUCGAGAAACCACCACUGAACCGUCAAAGGACAGAUCCAAAAUCAGAGGCGGCACGCGGUCCAGCACCCAGCGGAAGGGACGGCGUUAGGGGCGGGGCGGUUGCACAGAAAGGCAGAACAGCAGGGCCAUCCGCCUCCAGGAACGGAGAUAGAUCCAAUGGGAGGAUACGAAGUCCUGGUGCACCGGGAGCAAGGCCUACCCCUAAUGGCAAGAAGGAAUCAGCAGUGGCCACCGAGGCGAAAAAGGUUAAGAAGGCAGCCGUAGCAACGACAGGGUAUCAGGGCACCGCCCGGCCAAAGCCUAACGGCGCAAAGAAGCCCGGGCAAGUUUCCACAAGCUCACGAAUUGCUGAUCAUCGCUCAGCUGGUGGCAAUGGAUCACGGGACUACCGGUCCCGCCAAAGCCGCUAUUACGAAGACGAUGAAGAUAUGGACGAUUUUAUCGACUACGACGACGAGGAAGACGAGAACGGCUACGGCGGACCACGAUAUGCUGACGCCUCUGAUAAUGAAUCUGAUAUGGAGGCGGGCAUUUCAGACAUUGACGAGGAAGAGCACAGAGCCGAAAUACUUGGCCGUCGUGAAGAUCGCGAACAAGAAGCCCUAGAGCAGAGACUCAAGCUCGCCAAAGAGGAACGGAAACAACGGCUCCUGGAAGCUAUGUCCAGACGGCGAUAGUUUUCAAACUUACUCACUCUAUCUACAAUGGUUGCCUUUGCUGCCCUGGCGAGUUUCUCACUAUGAGUCUUGAUCUAGAAAGAUAUUUGGAAAAUGACCUGAGCGCUGAUAGUUGGUAAUUUAACUACGGCUAUACAAUGCUUUGCAGGAAAUAACUAGACGAGAAGAUCAAAUUUAUCAAUUAGAUUGCGGGGAGUUGGUGGAUAGCAUAAGCGUUUGUCUGUUAGUGUUUAAUCAAGUUUUUUUUUUUUUUUUUUGAUAGCAUCCACGACGGAAAUGAUGCUGUGGUCGAGUUCUUCUGAAGGGAGCUUGCUACUUGGAAUAAAACCGUGGGUAUAUGGAGAAUGCCAAUUCUUACUGUAACAAAAUGUUUUGCACUUGCCGUCAGCCCAAGACAGUGAGCCACUCUGUGCCUUGAUGUUUGCCAUUUGC